AUGAAACAUUUGCUUCAAAAGCAAAUAAGCCCACCCCCAACUCCAAGGCCACCGAUUCAGCGGAACCUACUGCCACUGACCAGACCUCCAAUUUCAAGAGAGCAGGACCCUUUGAAGAUCCCAGUGACAUCUGCAUCUACUCAUGCUGCUACUGCUUCUGGAUCAUCAUCCAUGAGUCCUAAUAAAUCCUCUGCUGCACCUAUAAAGAAACCUUCUACUCCGGCACCAGUUGCCGAUGGAACUGCCACAGUGUCCAUAUCUGUCCAAGCAGAAAAACCAGAUGGGCCUUCCCGUGAUCCUGAUGACAAACUGAGACCUGCUGCAGCUUUGGUAUCAGAUCAUCCUCAAGCUUCUUCAUCAACAGCAAUUAGUGCACUAAGGGAAGAAAAGGGCUCUCGGGGACCUCUGCUUGGAACGCCUUCUUGGAUCAGGCAGUCCCUUUUGCAUGGACAGUUGAUGCCUACAACGGGUCCAGCAAGAAUAAAUGCUGCUGCUGCUGCUGCUGGUAGACCUGUUUGGGAACCAAGCAUCAAUGGAGGGCAACACCUUGGUGAACAUUCCCAGAGGACUCAUGGCCCAUCACUACCAGGAACACCUGUCCCACCGCCUCCUUUGUAUCCACCACCGCCCCACACACUUCCUCUCCCUCCAGGUGUUCCACCACCUCAGUUCCCUCCUCAAUUUCCACCCGGGCCACCACCACCUGCUGGCUACAGAGUCCCUCCUCCAGGUUUCCCUCCAGCCCCUACAACUUUAUCAGCACCUUGGGUAUCCAAAGCAGUACAAACCGCUCCUCCGAAUACCAUCCGGACAAUACAAGCUCUCCCCUUAUCCAGGGAAGAGUUCUACAGAGUGCAAAGAAGACUAAGAGAGGAGGAGAAGAGAAAGUCCAAACGAGAUUUUGCUAAGAAAUUCACGGACUACGAAAAGAUUCCAAAGGAGCGUCGACGCGCCUUUUCAAGAUCUAAAUCGCCACAUAGUGGCUCCUCUCGCUCAAGAAGUUCAUAUACCUAUUCUAAAUCGAGAUGUGGUUCCUCACGUUGCCCUUCCCAUUCUCGAUCCUUUAGUCCUUCACACUGUCCAUACCCCAGAAGAGGCAGAGGCAAAAGUCGAGAUCGGCGUUCAAGAUCCAGGUCUCAUGGUUAUCACCGCGCCAGAUCGAGGUCGCCGCCGAAACGAUAUCAUUCACGACCAAGAUCCCCUCCAGUGUUUAGGGGGCAGUCUCCUAACAAACGGAAUAUAUCUCAAGGACAAACAGGUCACCGCAGUCCCAACAGAGGUGGCAAUUACCCGGAAAAGCUUUCAGCGAGACAUGGUCACACCAUGAAGGACAUUGCCAUGUCAAAAGAGAAGGACCGUGAAAAUCCACCAGGAGAUGGAAAGGGAAGCAAACAGGACAAACACGGGAAGAGGAGACAGGGGGAGGAAAAUGAAGGCUUUCCUAACACAGAGUUGCUACAGCGCUCUAAAAAACGAAGGAAGUGUUAA